AUGGGCAAUUGUUUUCCUGGUGGUGAAGCGUCUUUAAUAAGUUUAGUAGCUUUUGAUUACGAAGUUGAUGAAAACCAAGUGACUGUUGUCUCGCAAACUGGUGGCCUUGGCCAAGGGAUAUAUCUAGUAACAUUUCCUGGUAUCACCACUCCUAUCCGGUAUGAUCGCGUGGGCUCCGUUUAUAUGCGCCAUUCCAGUGCACCUCCACUACCUCAUGAAGUGUCGAAUCAAGUCACACCAACCGGUAAACCAUCGAAUCAUGCGGUCAUUGCAUAUGCAGCAGCAGAUAAUCAGAUUCCAGCUCAAUCUAUCACAAUGAUUAAGAUGAAUGAAGAAAGAGGCUCAGGAAGCUAUCAUUUGAAUGUUAAUGGCAAUCGAAUUGUUUACAAAAAAAUGGGAACUGCUUUCAUGAAAGCUGGUUCAAUAAUACCUGGCACCAAUAUUGUUGUUUAA